GCGACCGUGGCCCGUCCACGGAGACGCCCAGUUGCCAGUAGUAGUACGUACUUGCGCUGUCGACGGGCAGACAGACUUGCAACCCCGCAGCAUGAACUACUUGCACCGACUCGUGCUGCUGGCGGUCGCCAUCGCAUUGGUCGCGGCGGCGACCAACAGCAGCGUGACCGAGGUCCUGCCACCGACCACGAGUGUGCGGCAGCUGGACGGAGGCAGUAAUGGGACAACCACGGAUCCGCCAACGCCGGCCCCAACGCCCGCGCCAACACCCGCGCCGACGCCUGCGCCAACACCCGCGCCGACGCCCGCGCCAACACCUGCACCGACGCCCGCGCCAACACCUGCCCCGACGCCAGCGCCAACACCCGCGCCGACACCCGCGCCGACACCUGCCCCGACGCCCGCACCGACGCCCGCACCGACGCCUGCGCCGACGCCUGCGCCAACACCUGCACCGACGCCAGAGCCGACCCCAUCCCCAUCUACAUCACCGCCGACGACCGUAACACCUACGCCCACAACGGUCACGCCAGAACCGUCAACAUCGUCCGUACCGACCACAACGCUUGCAGAAACAAGUGCGCCGCCAACCGAGGUCCCGACGCCAAGCCUCCGCGCGACGUCCGACCUCAACCAAGCUACAAGUACACCGCCCGUCUCGGCCGCCUCCGGAUCGGACACCAAGACUAGCAGCAUGCUCUGGGUCAUUCUUGUCGGUAGCUUUGCAGCGCUGCUCUUGUGCUUCCUCGUCGUCUUUAUUGGCAUCCGCCGGGCGGCGGCCCGCGCUGCUGACGGCGACGAUGACCACAUCUCGGCCGCGUCGUAUGCCCACAAGUACCCAGGACGACCGACCGGCGACCUCGGUGAGGAGAACGAGCCGCUCGAUACCUCGCGCCUCGGGCCGCACGUCGCGCUCUUCUCGCCGGCCGGAAGCCAGUCGACGGCAACGCCGUACUACCAAAUGCCUGCGCCGCCGACCCACUCGUUUAGCAGCUCGUCCAACGCUCGACCGUCGACGGUGGUGCCGCCACCGCCGGCGCCAAUCUCGGCGCUCGCAUCGCCGCGCUACUCGGCCCAUAGCUUCCACACGCCGUCCGUCGAGUACUCGCCGUCGGCCAAGUCGACCGGCUCGUCGACCAUGCAGGACAACCUGUGGCAGUCGGCCAUGGAGUCGUCGGUGCUGGCGACGCCGGUCAACAACAGCAACGCGGCAGUGCGCCACACGUGGCACGACGACUCGUCGUUCGAAGACUCGAGCUCGGACACGGUCAGGUCGCGCAUCUCGAGCUUUAGCGACGACAGCGACUCGUUCCAGACCGACUCGUUCAUGACGUCGUCCGACCCGCAGAGCUCGUCGUUCCACACGCAGUCGUUCCACACAGCGCCGACGACCAACAGCAGCCUCAGCCCGUCGUCGCGACCGUUGGCCACCAGCGCCGUGCACUAACGACGCCGCCAUGGUCCUUGUCAUCAUAUAUUCUCGUUGUCUAAAAGUCGUCGAACGGUCUAUACCACAAUCCUACUCAGUAAACUACUUGUACCG